AUGCGUCUGCGUCUGCGUCUGCGUCUGCGUCUGCGUCUGCGUCUCCUGCUUCUUGGACUGGGACUACUUCCGUUGCCCUACCCGGCACAAGGCCAAGCCAAAGCCCAAGCCCAAGCACAUCAUACCCGAGCACGCGACCUCGUCCCGCCUCCCGGUCCCCAUCUGCGCCCUCGUUCGCACAAUCCAAUCUUGGUUUCUUCCCACUCGUCAUGCGCCGACCUGAAGCUCGCUGCCAGGGCUGAACACGCUCGCUCUCAAAUCAUCACCAAGCUCGCUCUCCAACCCGAGUCCCAUAACAAUCACGACUACACCAAUACCAACAAGGAGGACCUCAUCCGCAGCAAUAACCCCCACUGGGACCAGCAAGUUGCCCGUCAAGAGGAAGAUCGACAGCGCCGGCGCCACCAACAACACCAGCAAUUGCUCGCCCAGGAAGAAGAAGAGCACCGACGUCGCAAGGAACAGGAAGAGGAGGACACUGCUCGCUGGGCCGAAGAGGUUGCUCGUCUUGAAGCAGAGACCGAUCGCAUCUUGGCAGACCAAAAGGCAAAGGACCUCGCAAGACUCCAGGCUCAAUUGGCCGCCGUACCUGACGCACCAGCCUCCCGUGUCCGGAGCCCCAUUGUCGACAAGUUCACCUUCUUCUUGAGAAAGGGUCGCAAGACCGAACCUGCGAAUACUCUCACAAAACCUCCCUCUCAAUAUUUUCAACCCCUCACCCUCGAUCACAGGCCCGUCAGUGUCAUGGAUCCCUCCCGCUUUAUACAAGCCGGUGGCGGCGGCAUUGUCCCCCAGACAGAUGCCCCAACCUCUGCUAGCAAUGCUGGAGAACGACGAGUGACGAUACGCUGCAUGCAGUCGUCAAUCAGUCUUCCCGUCACCCCCGAUACUACCCCGAGUGAAAUUCUAUACUCGGCCGCCAACCUCAUGACCCACAACAUCAACCCGCAAACCAGUGUCGUGCUCGAGUGCUACUUUGCUUUUGGCCUGGAGCGUCGCCUGAGACGCUAUGAGCCUGUGGCUCUUGUGAUGAACUCUUGGGACCGCGAUACGCAGCACUGUCUACUCAUCGUACCGGGUGAAUCCACGGACAAGAAUCCCGACCUAAACCUCGAAGGUGUGCCCCGCACUAUCGAUCCGCCCCCAGGUCUGAUCAACUUCGCGCUAUACCACUCUCAGCGGCCCGGUAAAUGGAACAAACGCUACCUCACGCUCUUGGAGACUGGGCAAAUGUUUUCGGCCAAAAAGAAGGAUGCCAAACUUUCGGACAAAGAUGCCGUCUCGCUCUGCCAUCUAUCCGAUUUUGACCUGUAUACAGUCACCGAAAAGGACAUGUUGAAGCAGAUCAGAGCUCCAAAGAAGAAUUGCUUUGCGGUCAAGAGUCAACAGAAAUCAACAGUCUUCCAAAAUACGGAAAACUUCAUCCACUUCUUCGCCACGGAUGAUGCCAGGCUCGCGGAAGAUUUCCAAAAAGUCAUCCAAGGGUGGCGUAGUUGGUACAUUGCAAACAAGAUUGUCGAUCUGAACAAGAAGAAAUCAUCUUCACACGGCAGCAGUGCGAGAAGCGGAACGAAAACGGGCGGUGGUAGUCUUACACGAAGCGGCACCUUGCACCGGCCCCGGGCAUCCGCCGACGAGACGCCAUACACCAUUGGAACUUUCUCACCGCUCUUGGACAUGAACAGUUUCGAGAAACCGAUUGACGAUUUUGGGAAGGAAUUGGAUAAUAAGCCGACGGCCCGACACGCAGACCAUCAUCCUACACCCAGACAUACCCAGUCCCAAAAGGUUGUCUCUCGAUCCAGGACAACGCCGAACCUGUCGCAGCCUCACACAAGGAGGCUCAUCGAUCCCUUUGCCAAGGACGAGUUCAAAUCCGGCGGUCUGUUGGGCCAAGCUUACGAGGGGCGCAAGCAGCAAGCAGAGAAGGCUGCUCUCACUGCAGACCAUCAACAAUACGCAGUCGAGAGUCCAUUUACCGGGGGGCACUCGCUACUAGGUCAGUUUCCAGAACACGAAAACAACGGGAUGCCGCAGAGACGAGGCACGGUGCGUUCGUCUCGUCCCACGGCGACAGACCCCAUGCCUCAGCCGCGGAGUCGAUCACGGCCUCCUGCCGCACGUCCGACCACCUCAUCGCGUCCCAAGACAUCAGAUGGCGGGUCAUCUUCAGGAAAACGAGAGAUGCCGCAACCUCUUGUCGACCUCACGCCCAAGGUGCCCGAUUUACCCUCAGCCUGGCGAGACGGCCAAGGUCGUGGUGUGCGUGUUCCUACCGGAAAGCCCCUGAUCGAGAUGGCGACGGGCCUGGAACUACCAGACGGGCACCUGGGACCGCAGCUGCCAACCGUCACACGCAUGGGCACGGCAAAGGCGUACCCUCCCCAGCGCAUGGCGUCGCAGUCGGCUGCUUCGAGACCGAGGAGUCGGUCCACAGCAGGCGGCGGUGCCGUACGUCGCGUGGUUUCCAACGAGCAGCAGCCUCCAAUGCCCUCCAUGCCGAGACGAUCGUCAAGAAGAGACGACGAGGACGUUCCGCUCAUCAACUUUGUGGAACGCGAGAGGGGUCGUGAUACGAGGCCUCGCAUGUCGCAGGGCAUGUCGCAAGGUCUCGGGCGGAGUGGUACCGUCAGGCACUGA